ACGACUACAGCAGGAGUUGGAGAAAUAUGGAUCAAGUUCAGUACAAUUUAUUCAGGAAGAGUAAGCGGGUAAGCUUGCGUGAAGAGGACAUGACGGUCCUCAAGUUGAGCAGGAUCUUCCAGGUCUCCGUUGACAGUCUGUACCUUACAGACGACGCUAAUGUGGCGAUAUUUGCCAGCGAUUCGUCAGGAAUGUUCAGCUCACUGGACCUGUGUCCAAGGGGGCAUUAUGAAGUUCACGGGGAGGACGAUGUCGCCGCCCCAGGAUCAAGUACGGGGCAACGCUUUGCCUUCUCAAGGCCUCCGACUAGUAGUACAGUGACCAGUGGCUCACUGCUGGGUGCCGCUGCUCUCCCCAGAGCCUCAAACAAAACGUUUCAAAGAUCCGUGUACCUUGCUGAGGCACUUAGCGGCAAGCUCAGUGUGAGCAGGAUGGUCAUGGUGAGAUUUUCGGAAGCUGAGGCCUCUCUUCAGGGGAUCGCUGCCAAAGUGAAGGAAGCCAUUGGGAGUCCGGAGAAUUUGGUUUUGACGGAUUCUCAGGGGAAUGCUAUUGUGGAAUCGGAGGGAACAACAGGGUCACCUUAUUGGAGACAAAAUGCCAGAAAAGUUCUUGCUGUCCCAGAAAAAGACUUCACAGACCUGCAGGGCACCAAGAGGAGGAGAAUGAGCAGGAAAAACGAAGAGGUUGGAGGCAUUGCCGAGGUCACAGGAAAAAUUGAAGAGCUGGUUCUUGCAUCUCAGAGUCUCCCAGAUGUUACAUCUGCAAUCAGGGAGCUCACCGAUCUGGCUGCAGUUAAAAGACUGACCCUGACUCAAUCACAGCUACCGGCCAUUAAGCAUGGGUUCUCUUGUGCUUUUUGCUUGAAGUUGAUGACAGAGCCAAUCUUCACGCAGUGUUGCCAAACCCUCAUUGGCUGCAAAACUUGUUUGGAGGAGUGGCAUAGGAACUCCGACACCUGUGCAAAAUGUAGGGGAAGUGUUGAAGGAGACAGCAUGUUUGAAGUUAAGGGCCUAUCAGAGGCACUGUCUGUCCUGAGGUCUCUUUUUGAAGAGGAGUAA